ACUUUGAGACAUCUGUUAGAGUUCCAGGUUAAAGAGAAGCUUCCUUGCCCCCUGAAUCCUUGCUGGGCCAAAGCCCUGGAAUAUCAUUGCUGGCCAUCAGACACUGGUGAGUUGGCGGUGUGAACUUGCUUUGCUUUCACUGCCUGCAGGGACACCAGAGACCUGGACACUAGCGACCUCCCUCAGAAGGGCCUCUUCUGCACGUGAGGACCAUGCCCCGGUUUGCUUCCUUCCUUCUGCUGUGUGUGAUAACGGCAGUUUAUGGAGACACCUUAACUGAAAGUGCUCAAAAUACCUGCCCUGUGGUUACCUGCAGUUCUCAAGGCCUGAAUGGCUUCCCAGGCAAAGAUGGACGUGACGGUGCCAAGGGAGAAAAGGGAGAACCGGGUCAAGGGCUCAGAGGCUUGCAGGGCCCUCCUGGAAAAGUAGGGCCUGCAGGACCCCCGGGGAAUCCUGGGUCAAAAGGAGCAGUGGGACCAAAAGGAGACUGUGGACACAGUGUAGAAUUUGACACUAGCAAAAUCGAUUCAGAAAUUGCAGCCCUGCGAUCAGAGCUGAGAAUGGUGAGAAACUGGGUACUCUUCUCUCUGAGUGAAAGUGUUGGAAGGAAGUACUUUGUGAGCAGUGUUAAAAAGAUGCACUUUGACAGUGUGAAGGCUCUGUGCUCUGAAUUCCAGGGCUCUGUGGCCACUCCCAUGAAUGCUGAGGAAAACAGGGCCAUCCAGAAUGUGGCUGGAGAUAUUGCCUACUUGGGCAUAACAGACCAGAGGCAUGAAAAUGUUUUUGAGGACCUGACAGGAAAUGGAGUGCAAUAUACUAAUUGGAAUGAUGGGGAACCCAACAACGUGGGCUCUGGGGAAGACUGUGUGGUGAUUUUGGCAAAUGGCAGGUGGAAUGAUGUCUCUUGCUCUGACUCAUUUUUGGCAGUCUGUGAAUUCUCUGCCUGAGGGUGCUUGUUUCUCAGUCCUCCUCGACCCUUUAAUGUACUCUAGAAGUCCACAGUUUGUUCUGAAAAAUAAAAUAUGGAAAAAUAGAAACAAUUCAACAUUCGUUACCCAAUGCGUUUGGUGUAGAAAUAAAGUGAGUUUAGUUUUCA